AUGGGAAAUUGUUUGAGGAAACAUCGUCGAGAGCCAGACUCACCUGUUCUAACUCCUACUGGUGGUUCUUAUCGAUCCAAGAAAGUUAAUGGAACAACAGUUGGAGACGGAACGAUUCCAGCUUUUUCCUCAACUUCUAUGGGAGAAAGGAAACGUGAAACACAGAGAUCCCCACUUCAAGAAAUCAAACAUGUUACUUCAAACACAGAUAUAGGCGCAGAGAGGCAUAUUGAUAAGAAAAGGCUUGCUCACAGAAUUGCUGGAAAAGCUGCUAAGAAAUCUAAUAUUGCGGUAGUGAAUAAGAAUGAUGGGGUAUUUCAUGCUUACUACAAGUACAAUGUGCACUGCUUUUGUUAUAGUGACUUGAAAGAGGCGACACGCAAAUUUAGCAGCAGAAAUUUAAUCGGGCAAGGGGGAUUUGGUGAUGUUUACAUAGGGUAUGUCACUUACUGCAGUAUGGCCUCUGCUGAAAAACCAAAUGAGGGGGUCGCAGUUGCCAUCAAAAGGCUCAGAAAGACCGGGCCACAAGGACAUGAACAAUGGAAGAAUGAAAUCAAAUACAUGGGCAAACUUAACCAUCCCAACAUAGUGAAGCUAAUAGGCUACUGCAAAGAGGGUGAGCAAAGGAUAUUGGUCUAUGAGUACAUGAGUAAAGGAAGCUUGGAGACCCAACUACUGGCAGAGAAGGCACCGCAUUUAGAUUGGAGAAGAAGAAUUAACGUAGCAAUUGAUAUAGCCAAGGCCCUAGAUUCUCUUCACAAUCAUGGCACGCCAGUCAUUCAUCGAGAUCUGAAAGCUUCCAAUGUCUUGUUGGAUAAAGACUUCAAUGCUAAGCUAUCAGAUUUUGGCCUGGCAAGAUAUGGACCUCUAGCUGACCAGGACCGCAUACUGACAAGGAUUCUUGGCACCAAAGGCUAUAUAGCACCGGAAUACAUAGGAACUGGACAUGUAACGCUGAAAACCGACGUGUACAGCUUUGGAGUGGUGCUGUUGGAGAUUUUAUCAGGCUGCUGUGCCGUGAAGAAAUAUUCCGAUGGAAUGGCCGGAGAUCUAACACAGUGGGCUGGUCCAUACCUCAGCAACAAGCAACAACUGCACCGCGUGAUCGAUCAGAGACUGGGAAGGAACUUCCCAACAAAAGAGGCUCAAAAGUUCGCGGAACUCACACUCCUAUGCCUUGCUUCAGACCCCAAGUGCAGACCAACAAUGACAGAAGUUGUGGCUGAGUUGAAGGAGUUGCAAGAAAAUACAAGCAGCAGCGGUAGCAGUAGUAAUCCGAAACCGUACUGUGCUCUUACAUUUACCCCAUGCCCUCCUCCUUGCAUAGUACAAUAA